GGUUUGAGGGUAAAUAUGUCAAUUAAACUCAACUUGCAGAGCAGGGAAAACACUCACGUGACAUGCACACGCAUCUCAGGCUCACACAUCACACACACACACACACUCUCUCUCUAUAUCCUGUAUAUAAACCUCUGCCGAUUUGCUCUCCCGUUUCGUCCUUCUUCCUCUUCCUGCAAAACCUCUCUGCAGAGAAAAAGCUUUUUUUUUUCCCGGGAAAUCGAAGAGGAUCAUCGGGAGAAAAAGAAGAAGAUCAUGAUCGAAACGAUGUUGGCGAAAAGGUACCCGAUCAGAGGAGGAGUCUCCGCCAGUUCGCCGCCGCCUCCGCCGCCUGAUGACGUGGCGCACAUAAGAGUGGGAUCUUAUUACGAAAUCGAUUCCUCCAUCCUUCCUCUAAGAUCCCCGGAGCAGCUCAAAUCUAUCAGAAUCGUCAUGGUGAACAAAAUCACGGGACGUCACGUGUCUCUCCGGUACCCGAGCAUGUACUCACUCAGAUCAUAUUUUGAUUUGAACCGGACUAAACCGGAUAAUAAGAAGCAGAAGAAGAAGAGUCUUCUUCCGGUUUUGGACGAGGGGUACGUGGCGAGGGCGGAGCUAGCCGGAGAGUUGCUUUACCGAAGAAUCCCACAUCACCAAGUUUCUCUCAACAGAGACACGUGGAGGUUCUGGGUUUCUCCUGAUCCUCAACCGGACGACGCUACACUCUACCGCCCGAUUUCGCCAGACGGAAAGUGCUGGUCUGAGCUGAGAUCGAGAGGGAUGAUCAAGUGGGGGAAGAGGUUGCGUGUCCGCUACGAGAGCCGCCAUAACAAGAAGAGUGCUAGACUCAAGGAGGAAGAUGAUGAUGGGACUGGUAAGAGGAAGCUAAUAACUGAAUCCAGGACUGAGAGUCAAAUCGUGGUUUACAAGAAGAGGAAAACAGGGGAUGUAAUAGAGAGCAGAGAUCAGAGACUCGCUCAUGUGUCUGAGCAGAAGAAGGAGAAUCAAAUUGUGGUUUACAAGAGGAGAUCAGAGAAGAACUUUAUUGACAGAUGGUCUGUUGAGAGGUACAAACUUGCUGAGAAGAACAUGUUAAAAGUGAUGAAGGAGAAGAACGCAGUGUUUGGUAACUCCAUGCUCAGGUCAGAGUUGAGGUCAGAAGCAAGGAAGCUGAUUGGAGACACGGGUCUUUUGGAUCAUCUGCUUAAGCACAUGGCGGGAAAGGUGGCUCCUGGGGGUCAAGACAGGUUUAGGAGAAAACACAAUGCAGAUGGAGCUAUGGAGUAUUGGUUGGAGAGUUCUCAUUUGGUUGACUUAAGGAAAGAAGCAGGAGUCGAAGAUCCUUACUGGACGCCUCCACUUGGUUGGAAGCUUGGUGACAGUCCUACUCAAGAUCCUGUCUGCGCUGGAGAGAUCCGUGACAUCAGACAAGUAUUAGCUAGCCUUAAAAGAGAGAUGGAGAAACUCGCGUCAAAGAAAGAAGAGGAGGAGCUUGCUAUCAUGACUACACCUAAAUCUUGUGUUACUAGCCAGAACGUGGACCAUGAUAAUAUGAUGACUCCAGCAAAGGAAAUGUACGCUGAUCUGCUGAAGAAGAAAUGCCAAAUUGAGAACCAGCUAGUGAUAAUUGCAGAAACCUUGCGCAAAAUGGAGGAAGACAUGGGAUGGCUUAAGAAAACAGUGGACGAGAACUGUCCUAGAAUGCCAGACUCAACGGAGAUGCCUUUUCUACUAGAGGGUUCACCAAUGAUGAUGAAGACACGAGAAGGAGAGGUGAAGGAAAAUCAAAUCACUGAGCCACCUCAAAAAGCUAGGGAAGAUAAUCGACAAGACCAACGAUCACCACUUUCACUUAUACACAACACUGGUUUCAGAAUCUGCAGGCCUGUGGCGAGUUUCUCCUGGCCUAAACUACCUGCCCUUGUUGCUACAACUGAUACUGAUGAGUCUGCUUCUUCGCCCAGUUACAGACCAUCUCCUUCUUUGCCUCAUCGUCCAGUAAAGGCACUUGCAGAUAAGCGUCCUCACGUGUUACCUUUUCCGUUCAACGUCCGUUCCCCAGAAACUCCAACAAAUCUCUUCGACCUUUAAAUCUGUCAUCAGACUUAAGAUCUUACUUCCCCUACAAGUAAGCUCUCAAUGGUAAACUACUGGCGAGCAGGUUUUUACAACUAUCACUUAUUAUAGACUUUAAGGUACGAAAAAUAAGGAAGGGACCCUUAUUCUUAUGGGAGCAACUAUUGGGAAUUUUGAAUUACUUUUCCUUUUUAAUUUAUGUCUCUCGUUAAGUAUAUAUAGAGGGAUGUCUUCAAUCGGCUUAUAUAUUAUAGGAAAAUAUUUUGAAGAUGGAAACACACUGGGAUCAGAUGAUUCUGUCUUACUGAACAAUUUCUAUUAUUGAUACGGUUAUAUAUACU